CCGAACCGUAGUGGAAUCAGCUAGAAGCAUGCUACACACUAAACAGAUGCCUAUUUACUUAUGGGCUGAGGCAGUAAAUAUGGCAGUAUACGCGUUAAACAGGACUACGUCUGUAAAUAACAAGAAUAUUACUCCUUAUGAGAUGUGGUAUCAAAGAAAACCAAAUAUUGUUUAAUUUAGAGAAGAAGAAAGUCAUCGUGGCUCGAGAUGUAACCUUUAAAGAACAAUCGAGUGAGGAGAGCAAUGACAUAAUCAUACCGAUUACAACGGAAGCUAAAGCCAUUCAAACUGAUACCGCCUCUACCCAUAAAGAAAAUCUCAUUGAAAUGUGUAAGCAUGACAAUGUCAAGGGUCAUGAUGCUGAAAAUGAAGAUAUGGAGAGUGUCCAAAUAGAUCAGAAUGUAAUAGCUGUUGAUCCUCCAACCAAGAAAAGGGCCAAUAAGAGAAAACUUGAUGAAACUCUGACUUUAGGUCCUAGAUUACGCGACAGAGACAAGAUAAAGAGGCCGAAGAGAUAUGAAUGCAAUUCAGUAGAUAUAUACGAACCGAUUGAUUAUCAAGAUGCAAGAAAUAGUCCAGAAGCCAAGUGUUGGGAACAGGCAAUUGAAGAAGAACUUGAAAAUGAGGCAUUGGAUUGUUUCAAGAAGUAUUAUAACGAAGUAGUUGUACAGCAGAAGAAGAGAAUAAUUAUCCUCAGGUCAGAUAAUGGACUUGAAUUUACAAAUAAGCUUUUUAAGGACUUUGUUAACACUCUCACGAGUGUUAGCGAGUGGAUGGCCAAGGGAAAGUAA